CUGCUCUCUGACGUCAGGGCGCGGCGGUUACAGCGGCUGGAGGCGGCGGUCGGUCAUGACGAUCUGUCAGUUCUUCCUGCAGGGACGGUGCCGCUUCGGGGACAGGUGCUGGAACGAGCAUCCCCGCGGCGGGAGGCAGCACGCAGGUCCCGCCAGAGGAGGAGGAGGAGGAGGAGGAGGCUGGGGAGCCGGCAGCCAGAGAUACGCGAACGUUAUCCAGCCCCCUGUGUUCAAGCACAGCGCGUGGGGGGGCGGCAGCGAUGGAGGAGGGUUCUCCGGUGCAGCCGGUUUCGGGUCACCAGGCAACAAGAGCGGCGUGUUCGCCCACAACAGAUUCUCGGCGCUGAGCGGCGGCGGCUCCGGGGAUGGAUUCAGCGAGGAGGAACAGAGGCUUUUUGACUGUAUAGAGAAAGACAUGGCAACCUGGGAAUCCUCUGGACAGUGGAUGUUUUCGUGUUACUCACCUAUGAAAGAGAAGCCCAAUGUCUCAGGUUUUCAAGAGUUCUCACCUGAGGAGGUGCGUCUGGAGUAUUACAACUGCGUCGCAAACAAUAACACUGAGAACUACAUAAACUCAAUCCGUCAGUUAGUGCAGCAAUGGAAAAGCAGGCUGCAGGAGCUGAAGGCUUUAAACACCUCAGGAAAAGCGUCAUUGCUAUCUCAGUUAAAGAAUGCGGUCACUCAGCCAUUACCUUCUCUUGGAUUUGGAGGACAGCAGGCCUCAAGCUUUGGGUUUCCAAGCUUUCCUGUGAACAGCAGCAGCGACGCUUCCACUUUCUCCUUCAAAACAAAUUCUGGUGUCCCAUCUGGAAACACUUCACCUUUGGGGAGCUCUGCUGCUGUCUCCAGUCCUCCUGCCUUUGGUGUGACGUCCUCCCCCAGUGUUCCCCAUCCUGUUGGGUUUGGCAAUAAUUCAGCUCCAUCUGCGGCCUCCUUCUCUUUUAAAACUUCUGGAACAACCAGCGGUGGUGGAACUUCUGGGUUUUCAGGCUUUGGAAGUUCUGCUUCUGCUGCAGCAGCACCACCUUCAAGCUCUUCAAGCACCGCUCCACUUACCGGAACUGCUAAUGCAGUAACAGGAACUUUCCACUCAGGUGCAAGCAGUACUUCAGCUGCACAGACUGCUGGUGGUGCCUCUGGACAUAACGUAACAUCUGUGCCUUCUGCGGUCCCCAACAUUAUUACAUCAGACAAGUUACAUACACCGAGGAGUGAAUUAACGCCUGAAGAGUUGGAACAGUUUGAAGCCAAAAGGUUCACAAUAGGAAAGAUACCUCUUAGACCACCACCCAUAGACCUUUUAUUUCUUUAGACCUCAAGUUGAUUCUGAACUUUCAUAUCUUAGUUGUUCUGUGACACCUCCAAUAAAUAAGGUUGUGAUGGAGUAAUGAAUUA